AUGGUCAAGGAAGAGGCCUCUGAGCAGGUCGUCAAGGUCCAGGGCGUGGAGGAAAACCUGAAGCGUGAGGCGUCAAGCUCUCCUCCGUCAGGCAGCGCAAGACUCGAGCCGCUAUCCGAGCCUGCUGCAUCUUCAAAGCGCUUGAAGACGGAACAAGAGGUGCCAUACACCGGUGGCAGUACAGCACUCAGCGCAAGACACGAACCGCUCCCCGAGGAUUCCGCAUCGGAAAAGCCCUUGAAGACGGAGCGAGACGUACCGAACACAAGUGGCAGCACAGCGCUAUCCAUGAGCAUUCCGAGCCGAACGGACGAGGGCAGAGCGGCUCGAGAAGCCGACGUCGGCAUCGUGCAAUAUGUGAGCCCUGACUUAGUAGGGCUUGAGGGCGGUGUGAUCAAGCAGCGGUGAGAUGAGAUAAUCUAGGAAGUCUCCUCUUGAUCCAUGGCUCACGUACUCACGCAAGGUGCUCCCGUAGCUUUUCGGAUUUCCAGGUCUUCGAGAUCGAACCUGGAGGCAAAGUCUGCCGGAUCGUCUCCCUAGAUCCACCCACAGCAGAGCAGGGCGGCGAUGGUCUCUACGAGGAAUUAGAAAUAGAGCGCGCAGAAGCAGCAGACUCAAGUGGUACCUUGCGUCAAGAGCGCAUACAGCGCCAGAACGCAGAGUGCGAAGAGCGUAAGGCCGCUGCGGAAGCUGCCAAGCAGCGUGAAGCUGAGCGUACUUGGGUGUGGGUUGAGACGGUCGACGAGAACGCGCAAAGCGAGCUUGUCGCAGUGUUGGGCCAGGAAGCAGUAGACUCUCUGAAAGAGCUGUGGGAAAAAGGACCACCGCCUCGCAGCUCUGCUUCGUCUUGGCGCGGAGGGGGCAGGGGCCGAGGACGAGGUCGCGGAGGAAGGGGAGGUGGUCGUGACACGGAGGCGCGAGACGCCGCGAGCUCUGGCCCAUUCGUCCUCUCAGAUGUGAGAUGACGGACCGAUGGCAUGGCAUCUGUUGCGGCGAGCUCACAGUUUCUAACUACAUUCACAGCCGUUGGCAUCAAAGGAGCAACGCACAGCAGCACAUCAGCUGGUCAGGAGCGUCUUCGAAGGAUCGCUGCAGAGCGAGGCGCUAGAAGCCCAUCGAAACCCCAACACUGUCCAGAGCAAAGACGGGCCACCUGACGACGAUGCAAUCGCAAACGGUGAAGCGCCCAAGCCACCCGAAGGGCUCCCUAUCCGCAUCACCUGGGGCGAUACGAGACAGCGUAGUCAGCGCGAGAAUGGUCAAGACAAAGGACGAGACAAGAAAGGUGCGUCGAUAUGCACGAUGCAAGACGAGGCACUCUUCCUGCUGAGACCGUGACCGUUGUGCCUCCGUCAGAUGCAAAAUUGCUACCGCCGUACGUCCACUUCCUCAUGCAGAAGUCCAACCGAGACUCUCAUGAUGCCCUUGCCAUCCUUGGGCGCGCUCUGAAUCUAGGUGGCUACGGCUCACUCCAUGGCAAAGCGCUCGGCGACUUAGCUAUUGCUGGCACAAAGGACAAACGUGCUACCACAGUCCAACGGGUCUCUUACAAAAGAGGACGUCGCACGCUCGAUGAAGUGUACAAACUCGUCAAUGGGGUCGGCAAAGAACGCGACGAUCCAUAUGGGUCAAGAGGCGGGCGGGGCGGCUCGCAGCGCGGUGGAAGAGGUCGAGGGGGUGCUCAAAGAGGCUACGGCACUCGAAAGACGCUACUCGAUGCGGUCACGCAGCGUGCUGACCGCGCGGUGCGAAUAGCACAUCUUCAGUACGCCGACGCUCCGCUUCACCUCGGCGAGCUGGAAGGCAACGCGUUCGUUGUAACCUUACGAAACGUCAAGGUCAAGGACGAGAGCAUGAUUGGAAAGAGCGUGGACAUACUGUCCACAAAAGGCUUCAUCAACUAUUUUGGUGCGUUCAGUGUGACCGUUGCGCUCACAAUUGAGAGCGAGGACUGAGCGGUGUGCCAUUUUGCAUCAGGCCUUCAACGAUUCGGAUCUGGAAGCAUUUCCAGCCAUCACACAGGAAUCGAGCUUUUCAAGGGUAACUAUCAAGCAGCCGCCGAUGGAAUCUUGGCCUCGCGCCCUGGCGAUUCCCCGGAAGAGAGCAAGGCACGCCAGGCGUACUCGGAAGGCUAUAUUUCAGAAGCCUACGACAUGCUACCUCGCUACAACGUCCCCGAGCGAGCCAUCUUAGAACGCAUGAGAAAAGACCUUGAUGCUGACGGGAAACCAAAAAACGAUUGGAAAGGCUAUUUUCUCGCUGUGAGUCGGCGAUUCUGAGCGUGAUGUUGCCUUGUUGUGAAGCUAAAGCCACGAGAAGCCGCGUCUCACAGAUUCCCAAGAGCUUACGGAUCAUGUACGUGCAUGCGUAUCAAUCCUACGUUUGGAAUCGCAUCGCCUCUCAACGCGUAGCCCGUUACGGACUCGACAAACCUAUCGUUGGAGACACUGUCGCCCUGGGAGAGGAUGCCGUUCUCGAUGUGGACGAUGAUCAGCAAGACGGUUCUGCUUCCCACACGGAUCAAGCUGACCAGGAAGCUGGUGCCGGUGACGAUUCUAAGCCUGGUACGUCCAGGCUCUUGCUGAAUGCUGCGUGUGCAAAGUCAUGUCUUUGAUAGCUGAUGGCAGACAUUUGUUUCUUAGCUUCGAAGCGCUGGGCUUCGCAGCUGCCUGUGAAGGUUUUGCAAGCCGGCGACUUGGAUCAUUACAGCAUCAACGAUGUGGUCAUUGGGCUGCCAGGCAUAGACGUCUCUUAUCCAGCUGGCUGGAUGGCGGAUUUGUACAAGGAGGUGCUCGCCGAGGAUGGCUUGACAGAAGAUCAUCUCCUCACUUUCAGGUGUGUUUUGCAAGCUUUCUCAAUGUCUGUGCACAAACUCACACCACGCGCCUUACCUGUGCCUUGCAGCGACUUCAAGCUAGGCGGCGCGUAUCGAAAGCUCCUGCAGAGACCUAAAGACGUAUCAUGGAGCCUGAUCAAGUACACCGACACCAACCUCAAUCUAGCGCAGUCCGACGAGGACAAGCUACUGGGAAUAGACAACCCUCCUGAACCUGAUCCCGAAGCACCAUUCGCUGCUUUGCAAGUGCGACUCUCCUUGCCCACAAGCUGCUACUGCACCAUGGCACUCCGAGAGAUCCUCAAGAGCGACACUUCCACGGCGACGCAGAGAGAACUCACACACCGAGGUGAAGACAAUUCGUCUAUGUACAAAGGGACCAAUCGUCACAACCGAGACGCUGUAAAUAAGGUCAACGGAUCACGUCAAAGAGCGUGGGGCGCGCCCAACACAGGAGAUACAGCAAAUGCCACCACUGGAGAUUUGGCCGACGCAGCCAAGGACUCGGAAGAGGGCGUCGAAGUGAAGGCAACGGUAUCCGAUGCCUUCAAGAAGGAGAUGGCUCGCCUUCGCGAGCAACACAAAAAUGCGCCCGCUCAGCAAGAGGAGAACAAUGCAGAUGACGAGGACGCCGCUCGCAACCGAGCCCCACAAGUAUCUCAUUGA